AAGUUUUGAUCCACUAAUAAGUUAACAAGUUAUCGACUCUGCACAUAGACAGGCUACUUUGGGGCCGGAGGAAAACCUCGCCGUGUCAAGAACAACUGCUUAAGGGGUGUGGAGGAAAUGAGGAUGCCUGUAAGGGGACAGAAAUGCUAUUACAGUUUAUAACUGGAGGAAUUUAAAAUACACACAGACACAGACACAGACACACACACACACACACUCAGAGGGAGGAGUUCCUCUCCCCCCCUUCUUAAGGCCAGGAAAGGUGAUCCUAUAUAAAAACGGUGAAACAGGUCUGUGGCCAUGUACCCGGACACCUAAAUCAAUGCAAUCACAUCCUCAAAACUGCAUCUGGAAGAGAGAUCAUGCAUUUACUCCCCUACCUAUGCUGGCUCUCCCUGUAUUCCCUUACUGCAGCCAAAGAGGGUAAAGAGCACUGGUGCUACCUUUCCCAGAAAUGUAAAGAACCAGAAUGCAAAGAACCUCGCCAGUGGGAUCAGCUAGACAAUGAUUGUGGCAAGGAUAAGCAGUCCCCCAUCAACAUCCUCACCAGCAAAGUGGAGUACGACUGGAACCUCGCGCCCUUCCGCUUUGAAAAGUACAACACCGAGCAGUCGUCCCCCUGGACCAUAUCAAACAACGGCCACACGGUCCAGGUCGAUUUGGAUGGCUCGGCAAAGAUUGAGGCUGGUGGCCUUCAGGGUAAAUACAAGGCAAUACAAUUUCACUUCCAUUGGGGGAACGAUGACAGCCAGCAAAACAGAAGGGUCAGCCCCGGAUCUGAGCACAGCAUUGAUGGAGAGAGAUAUGCCAUGGAGCUCCAUAUUGUGCACAUCAAGGAACAAUUUAAGGAUAUAAAGGCAGCCCUGGCAGAGAACGGCGUGGCGGUGCUGGGAUUCUUCAUAGAGGUGGGCAAACGGAACGAAAACUACACUCCUCUCAUUUCAUGGCUCAAAAAUAUUUCUUUCAAUGGAAAUGAAAUCAAGGUGCCAGCUUUGCGCUUGGAUUCCCUCAUUCCUAAAACAGAGGACCUCACCAGCUUCUACCGGUACACUGGUUCUCUGACCACGCCUGGAUGUAACGAGAAUGUCGUUUGGACUCUGUUUGAAAAAAACAUAGAACUCCAGUUGGGGCAGGUCCAAGAAUUUUGGAUGCAGCUGUAUUUUGGCACAAGCAAGAACGACUCAUGGAUGGUGGACACCUUUCGGCCGGUCCAGCCUUUGGGUGACAGGAUCGUCUAUAAAUCUGACUCAAACCGCUUUUCACCUCCGGCAAACAUAUUGCUGCUAAUCCCCACAACCAUGUACAUCAUCCUUUCUCAUCUAGGGGAGGGCUGGUUGGAUAUUUAAAAAUAAGUCUUUUAAUUACAAAGUUCCCAGUUCUUGAAAAGUCUUGGCUUAAAAAAUUUAAACGCCAAAGUUGUGGUGCUGGACUUACAUGAAUGAAAAGGGACUAUAAACCUCACAGCUAAUUAUAGCUAUAGUUCUGGGACAUCCUUAAGUCUGACACAUCUACUGUAGUUUGAUUUGUUUUAAAUAUAUAGAACAUAUAAUCCCUUUCAUCAGAUGCAUGAUGUAUCAUCUUAGGGCCGUCUGCUGAGCAGAUGCUGGACUUGGAUAACAGAUGCUCAUCCCAGUUCUAGCAGGGAGGCACAACUGAAUACAAACAAAGCCAAUUAAAAUAAACAUGUAGUUUACUAUCUCACUUAUUGCCAGGCGAUGUUAAAACUGGACAUCCACAGUUUUGGCAACGGCCAGCAUUAAUAAUAACAAUUUCAACAUCAAGUUUGCUCUGAUUUCCACCCCCACUAGGUACACGGUAUAAAAUGUAUUGGGUUUACAUUUUAUACAUCUUGCAAAGGGAAUUUUAAACUUUAUUUAAAGGGGGGAAAAAGUCAGGGUAUCAUAACAAAGAGUCUUAGACUCCUCUAAAACCUAGUACAGUGGUGCCCCACUUGACAAUUACUUUGCUGGACGCUGAGGUAUUUUGCCCAUUGGAAUGCAC